UUUUAUUUGUCGCUAAAAUUAAAAAAAAAAAGGCUGCAGAAAUUCAAGAAAGCGGCCGUCGUGAAGGGCUCUCUGCCUGUUUUGUCAAGUGAAAGCUUGGUGGUGUGCGGUGUGCACAUAGAACGCUUAAUUUUAACGUCAUUAUUGUUAAUAAUUAGUAAAAAAUUAUUAUCGUUAGUUUAAACUGCAAUCCUCUUCAGUUGUUGUCUCUUCGAGUGUCGUUGGGUUCAAUGUUUUCAGCGAAGAUCUGAGGCACUUGGAACAAUAAAUACAGUAGAUUGGGGUUUUAGGGAGGUCUUACAUGGCGGCAACUUUACAGAGCCUCCGCUUCUGUGGGCCCGCCUCCUCUGUUCCGCCUGGCGGAAGCUUCGAAACGCUCAACCGUAUACUGGCCGACCUCUGCACCCGUGGCAACCCUAAGGAGGGAGCUCCUUUAGCAUUGAAGAAGCACUUGGAAGAAGAAGCUCGUGAGCUUAGCGGGGAAGCAUUCUCCCGUUUUAUGGACCAGUUAUAUGAUCGAAUUUCAAGCUUAUUGGAAAGUAACGAUGUUGCACAAAACAUGGGAGCUUUAAGAGCAAUCGAUGAGUUGAUAGAUGUGGCACUUGGGGAGAAUGCCUCCAAGGUUUCCAAGUUUUCUAAUUAUAUGCGGACUGUGUUUGAGGUUAAGCGUGAUCCUGAAAUACUCAUCCUUGCUAGUAAAGUGCUUGGCCAUCUAGCUAGAGCUGGUGGUGCAAUGACUGCAGAUGAAGUGGAGUUUCAGGUCAAAACUGCCCUGGAGUGGCUUCGUGGGGAGAGAAUAGAGUAUCGCCGUUUUGCUGCUGUCUUAAUUUUGAAGGAAAUGGCAGAAAAUGCUUCCACUGUAUUCAAUGUUCAUGUACCUGAAUUUGUGGAUGCUAUUUGGGUUGCAUUGAGGGAUCCAACAUUGGCUGUUCGUGAACAUGCUGUGGAGGCAUUGCGAGCGUGCCUUCGUGUUAUUGAACAACGUGAGACACGCUGGCGUGUGCAGUGGUAUUAUAGGAUGUUUGAGGCUACGCAAGAUGGAUUGGGAAAAAAUGCUCCUAUUCAUAGUAUACAUGGUUCUUUGCUUGCAGUUGGAGAGCUUUUGAGGAACACUGGGGAAUUUAUGAUGUCAAGGUAUAGAGAAGUUGCUGAAAUUGUGCUUAGAUACUUAGAGCAUCGUGAUCGGCUUGUUCGGCUUAGCAUAACUUCAUUGCUACCUCGAAUUGCUCAUUUCCUGCGUGAUAGAUUUGUAACAAACUACCUGACGAUAUGCAUGAACCAUAUCCUUGCAGUUCUAAGAAUACCGGCUGAACGUGCCAGUGGGUUUAUUGCUCUUGGAGAGAUGGCUGGUGCUUUGGAUGGAGAACUUGUCCACUAUUUGCCGACAAUUACUUCUCACUUACGUGAUGCAAUUGCUCCACGCAGGGGUAGGCCCUCGCUUGAAGCUUUGGCUUGUGUUGGAAAUAUUGCAAAAGCCAUGGGACCUGCAAUGGAGUCCCAUGUUCGUAGUCUCCUUGAUGUUAUGUUUGCUGCUGGUCUUUCUCCUACACUUGUUGAAUCACUUGAGCAAAUUACUGUCAGUAUUCCAUCCCUGCUUCCCACUAUUCAAGAUCGGCUUCUUGAUUGCAUUUCCUUGGUUCUUUCGAAGGCCCAUUAUUUUCAUGCAAGGCCAGCUGCUGCCUUGGUUCGUGGCACUGCUGCAAAUAUUCCCCAGCCAGUGUCUGAGCUUAGUGGUUCUGCCUUUGUUCAGCUUGCUUUGCAGACUCUUGCUCGUUUUAAUUUCAAGGGGCAUGAACUUCUUGAGUUUGCAAGAGAAUCAGUUGUUGUGUAUCUUGAUGAUGAGGAUGGAACCACUCGAAAAGAUGCUGCCUUAUGCUGUUGCAAAUUAGUUGCAAAUUCUUUUCCUGGUAUUGCAUCAGCACAAUUUGGUUCCAGUCGUUCAAACCGAGCUGGAGGAAAACGGAGGCAUCUUGUUGAGGAGCUUGUAGAGAAGCUUCUCAUUGCAGCUGUUGCUGAUGCUGAUGUUACUGUUCGCCAUUCAAUAUUUACCUCUCUCCAUGGAAAUAGAGGUUUUGAUGAUUUUUUAGCACAGGCUGAUUGUCUGAGUGCAGUUUUUGCUGCUUUAAAUGAUGAGGAUUUUGAUGUGCGAGAAUAUGCUAUAUCAGUGGCUGGGAGAUUAUCUGAGAAAAAUCCUGCAUAUGUCCUUCCGGCUCUCCGUCGUCAUCUCAUACAGUUAUUGACAUAUUUAGGGCAAAGUGCAGAUAACAAAUGCAAAGAAGAGAGUGCCAAGUUGCUUGGUUGUUUAAUACGCAACUGUGAACGUCUAAUACUGCCAUAUAUUGCCCCGGUCCACAAGGCUCUUGUGGCUCGACUACUUGAGGGCACUGGAGUCAACGCCAAUAAUGGUAUCAUCAGUGGAGUUCUUGUAACUGUUGGAGAUCUUGCUAGAGUGGGUGGUUUUGCAAUGAGAGAAUAUAUUCCGGAACUUAUGCCUUUAAUAGUUGAGGCACUAUUGGAUGGGGCAGCUGUCUCAAAACGUGAAGUAGCUGUUGCUACUCUUGGUCACGUUGUACAGAGCACUGGGUAUGUUAUUGCUCCAUAUAAUGAAUACCCGCAAUUACUUGGCUUGCUUUUGAAGUUGUUGAAUGGUGAGUUAGUGUGGUCUACCAGACGAGAAGUACUAAAGGUUCUUGGUAUCAUGGGUGCUUUGGAUCCUCAUGCAUAAAAAAAUCAACAAAGCCUUUCUGGGUCACAUGGAGAUGUUACCCGUGCUGCCAGUGAUUCAGGUCAACAUAUUCCAUCUUCAAUGGAUGAACUAUCCAUGGACCUUUGGCCAUCAUUUGCUACAUCUGAAGAUUAUUACUCCACCGUUGCUAUAAACUCUCUCAUGCGCAUUCUUAGGGAUCCUUCUCUUGCUAGUUAUCACCAAAAGGUGGUUGGAUCUCUUAUGUUUAUAUUCAAGUCAAUGGGUCUGGGUUGUGUUCCAUACUUGCCGAAGGUUUUACCGGAUCUCUUUCAGAUUGUUCGUACAUGUGAUGAUCAUCUGAAGGAUUUUAUAACAUGGAAGCUGGGUACCCUUGUGUCAAUUGUGCGACAGCAUAUUCGUAAAUAUUUACCAGAGCUGCUAUCUUUAAUUUCUGAAUUAUGGUCAUCAUUCAGCUUGCCAGCUAGUAAUCGUCCUUCACGUGGUUUUCCGGUGCUGCAUCUUGUUGAACAGCUUUGCUUAGCUCUCAAUGAUGAAUUCCGGAAGUAUCUUCCUGCUAUUCUUCCAUGUUGCAUUCAAGUUUUGAGUGAUGCUGAACGUUGCAAUGAUUACACCUAUGUUCUUGACAUUCUCCAUACCCUAGAAGGGUUUGGCGGGACAUUGGAUGAACAUAUGCAUCUACUUCUUCCUGCCCUUAUUCGUUUGUUCAAAGUGGAUGCUUCAGUCGAGAUAAGACGUGCUGCUAUCAAAACUUUGACAAGGUUGAUACCUCGUGUUCAGGUUUCAGGUCACAUAUCUUCUCUUGUUCAUCACUUGAAGCUAGUUUUAGAUGGGUGAGUCAUCUGUUCCUUGAUUUAACACGUAUGCAUCCAGAAAGAUUGCCUUUUCUGACAUAUUUGUGGUCCAUCACUUGCCUUUUGUCUUG